AUGUCUUCCGCAGUCAAAGCCUUGACAGACAUUCUCGUGGCAUUGAUCACGCCGUUCACCGACGAUGGCACCGCUAUCGACGAGAAACGUCUCAAAUCGCAUAUUGAUCAUAUGGUGGAUGCGGGCUGUCACGGCCUGGUGCCUGGUGGUACGGCGGGCGAGCUCACAGGCAUGACCCUGGGCGGAAGAAAACAGAAUCUCGAGCUCUGUAUUGAAUAUGCCGCCAGAAGGGUACCUGUCGUCGGCGGAAUUGGCACCACUACGACCAAGGACUGCAUCGAGCUGGCCCAGCUCAACUAUGAACAGCUCCAGCAGCGCCUGUCGGAAAUCCAUGAGGCCUCGAAUCUGGAUACGGUCUACUACAAUACUCCCUCAGCAUCGAGACUGACCCCGACACUCCCGGGUCGGCGUGAAAUACCUCAAGGACACAUCAGGCAACGCCCCUGCAUUCACCGAGUUGGUCUUGUCUCUGGGCGACACAGGUCACUGCCUUCAAUGGAUGGGACACUCUAA